UUAAUUGCAACAGUGUUGGCAAUUAACCAGGAAACCUCUCAAUACCUGGGCUGCAGCAUGUGUAUCAUAUUCUUUAGGCUCAGUCGAUGUAAAUAUUUAACCAAAUGUUUGCUUUCUGUUCAGGGUGAGCUUUGUGGGAGCCGAGAACGGCCAUGUACUUUUCUUUGGAAUCCCAAAUAGUCACAGGGAGAAGCAAAAACUGCACUGCAGAACUCCUGAUGUGAAACAGAAACUCUGGCAUGUGUAUCGUUAAGUUGUGCAUCUAGAAUUGCAUACGUAACCGGCACAGAACUUCUCAGCAUGGGCAUCAAGGCAUGGCAAUCAAGAAAUGAAACCUGCACAAGUUCAAUAGAUCUGAAACUCAUCCUGCAUUAUUCACUUCUUCCAUCAAUUGCCAUCAUUGUGGUGCUCUCCUGUCUUGAAAAAAGAGCUAGGAGAAGUCUGAUAGAUGUAAAAUGGCCUCUUCUCAACGGGAGAUGUGCCAUUGUGAUACCCUUGGAUUUUGUGGGGGCAUUCCACAAUCGGUGGUCUCUGGGUUUUGCCUUUGGAGCUACAGCCAACAAAGUUAUGAUUCUGUUUUCAGAAGGCUACUUCCCACUGCAAGUGCCUGAGUGGGCUCGAGCCAUUGUACUUCUAAUUGGAGCCAUGGAAGUGGGUCUUUCCUCCUAUCCUUUCUUCGCUUGUCUUUCAUCACAUAACCAGAUUGCAGGGGCAAUGCUUGGAUUCCUUUACACAGGAACUUGGUUUGCAGUCAUAGUUGUGCACAGUGCACAGUGCCCACAUGGACAAAUUAUGGGGGACUAUGAAAAGAUCAUUUUUUACUGGCCCUCCUUGCUCUGCCAGGUUUUCCUGCUAGGCAGGUUUGUCCAUAUGUUUGUGACAGCAUCAUGGCUCCAGGCCCGGCUGGAUCUUCUAAAUGAGAAGACCUCUUUCAUGGAGGGACAUCAGGCUCAGUACAUUCAGCAACUGUUGAGGAAGCGUCCACUGCAGCAGGCUCAGAAAUCCUGGAUCCCAUGGAAGGUCUAUGAAUGGGACCCUUAUUUUCAGUUCCCCAGCAGAAUGAUCAGUAUGGCUGUCCUUGCCAUAAUCUGCCUCUACAUGUUUGUUGUGAUUGAGUUCUAUGCUUACAAGCUUGUUUCACAUGUGCUGGAAACCCUGGAAUUGAAUUUUGAGAUGCUUAUUUCUUCCAGCAACACAUCAGAAGUAGUUGCAGGUGUCCAGAAUUUGAAAGAAUUCAUUGAUGUCACAGAAGGUGUUUGGAUUUUCACCAUCUUCACUGCCUGCUUGACAUGUGUCAGCUACGUGCUCCACAUCUUGGCCUGCUACAGAAAACAUAUGAAGCGGCUGUGGGCUGGGCAGAAGGAAUUCCUUCCUUUGGUGUUUGGCAAACUGUCAUCUUCUCAAAGUGUGGCAGCAAUAGCAAGAUACUCUGGUUGGCAAAUUGCAUACAUGCUAUGGGGUUACCUGAUCAUCCACACUGUUCAGUGCCUCUUUGGGAUGAUGUUCAUGUAUGGUUUUGUUUUGCCUAUCAAGAGCGGUCAGGGAAUUCAGUUGGUUAAACAUCUGGGAACUGGGAUCCUCACACUUGCCAUUGUCAUAGGACUUAUGCAGCUGCAGAUUGUGAUAGCUACCAGAUUCUUUCUUCAGCAGAAGAUUUUACCAAAUGACAAGGAAAAGCCUUUGGCUCUUGAUAACAGGAAAGUGUUCCACAAUUUCAACUACUUCUUAUUCUUCUACAAUGUGAUGUUGGGCCUGAGCGCCUGUCUCUUCCGUCUGUUGUGCAGUGUCAUUGUAGGAGCCUGGCUGAUUGCUCGGAUAGACAGGACAAUUAUGCCCAAAGGCUAUGAAGCUGCUGACAUGGGAUUUAGGACAUGGAUUGGGAUGCUCUUUAUGGACCACUGUCACACAAAUCCCACCCUUGUCUGCUUUUGCCACCUUCUUGUGGUCAAAACCAGGGAGAGACAACAGCAGAGAACCACCAACUACCAUCACUUCAGCAAUGUCACAAUAACAGAUUUUAGGGUUUCAAUCAAAGCCAGGACAAGAUGGCUGCUGUUGUAUACUCUUCUAAAUAACCCCAACCUCUCAACAUUCAGGAAGCCAAAAUGAUGGUAUUCUUCUAUGGAUGUGCCAUCAAUUUUUAUUUUUUGUUUUUGCCUGACUAGUUCUACAGAUGGAAUGAAACAAACAAAACUCACUGAGACUGCAUUACCAUAUCCUUCAUAUGCAGCUACUUAACACUGCAUCGGACCAUUGGUCUAUCAAACCAAGUCUACUGUGACUGGCUGCAGCUCUUUCUAGUUCUGCCACUGAUACCCUCUUAACUGGAGAGGCUGGAGAUUGAAUCUGGAACCUUCUGCUUGCCAAGUACAAGCUCUGCCAUUGGGCUCUAACCAUUCCUCCCCUGAACUUUGGCUCAUAAAGCACAUGGUCUGGAGAACUGCUAUCCCAGAUGUCUUUAUGCACAUAUGAUGAUGAAGGGCUAUCCAGUUACCACCAUGGCAUCGGAAAAAGAAGACAUGGCAAUAGCUGCUACUGCUUCUGAUUCUAAAAACAACGAAGAGCA